AUAAAAUGUUUGGUGUAGAGAACCCAACUCGCAGUAGGGCUUGUGGAUAACCGUGGAAAUGGAGAAAGCCUCGUGCGGAAUAAGGUUGUGUCUUACACUGUUAAAUUUAGCUGUUUUGAACCGCUGUGUUCUGUCAAGUCAUAUUGAUUUUCAGGUAAAAUGUGAUACAGAUCUGUUGAGACAAUUCAGGAUAGAAUGUAUAACCGAGAAUGGAGAAGUGUCACAUGGUCGGAUGGUUUCACACGGUACCAAGUGUUUAGUUGGAUGUUCUCACACUGGUGUCUCGUCACGAGGUUAUCGAGUCUGUAGAAACGGUAACUGGGAAGGCAACGUCAUCAACUGUAAAGAAAAUACACCGACUGUCCGAUUUGAAUCUAAUCGGAAUAAACGUAGUAUAAGAAGAUGUACCAGAAAAUGUAGCGGUUGGUGGUGGGGGAAAAGUUGUUAUAAUCACUGUUUUUAUUUACCAACAAUACAAUGUCCUACCGUACCUGUAAUACAAUAUGCAGCUCGAGGUAACACAUAUGCAAAUGUCUACUGGAACUCUCCAACACCAAGUGGUGGAGUGGGUUAUCUAUGGUUUAGCCAAAUACGGGGAUUACCCAGUGGCUCUAAGUUUUAUGGAACUCAGUAUCAUACUAUUUUAUAUCAGGUGGUUGAUGCACAAGGAAAUAGAGCCUUCUGCUCAUUUUACUUUCAAGUAAAGGUGAGAACGUGCAAUACUCCUACCAGCCCAUACAAUGGUGCUCAUUCUUGUUCAAGAUAUCCGGUUAUUUAUGGUGACACCUGUUCCUUCACCUGUAAUAUUGGCUAUAAUGUAGUUGGUCAGAAAAUACUCACUUGUGGGGCGAAUGAAAGCUUUAAUUUUCCCUUACCAAGAUGUGAAGCUGUAAAAUGUACUACGCCGCCACUACGCAUCACUGAUGGAAAUAUUACCUGUCCGAGUAACCCAAUUUACCAAUCUUUGUGUUCCAUCCAAUGUAACAAUGGGUUUGCUCAAAGUCCAAGGGGUAGCUUCUCAUGUAACCAAUAUGGAAGAUGGGUUGGAACAUUCCGCUGUACAGAUGUUACACCACCUGUAUUUGACAAUUGUCCUCAGAAUAUUAUUGUAGAAGCUGAUCGCAAUAGAACCGAUACACAGGUUAACUGGAUGGUCAAAGCUAGUGAUAACUCUAAUGACGUUAUUCUGGAACAAACCGAGGGACCUGAUAAUUCAAGCAGAUUUACAGUUGGAACGCACAAUAUAUCUUAUACUGCCACAGAUCAAUCCGGACAUUCUGUUACGUGUACGUUCACAGUAACUGUGAAAGGCUUCGCUUGUAGACCACCCACAUUUGUUGAAGAUGACAUGGAUCUUGUCAGUACUUGUGAAAGUCUGGUUGUGGGUGGAUCAUGUUUUAUGAGAUGUAAACAUAAUAAGAAGUUAGAGGGUGAUUCGAUGAUAACAUGUGAAAAAGACGACAAUAUGCAGACAUACUGGAAAUAUUUAAACUUGCCUACUUGUGUAGGUGAAAAAUGUCCAAAUUUAACAGCUCCUAGAUAUGGCGCUUUAUCAUGUAGCAAAUGGAACGAUGGUGCCUUCUGUAGUGUACAGUGUAGUUCCAGAUAUCAGAUAGGACAGGGCGUUCAAAAUUUAUACAUCUGUGCAUCUACUGGAAUAUGGGGUCCUUCCGAUAGUGUACCCGAUUGUGUUAGAAGGAGGCGUGGAUCUGGGAGUUCUGCAACGAAUGAGUUAUAUCUAAAUUAUGAUGGAAGUUGUGAAGACGCCAAAGAACAAAUCAAACAAAACUUCAUUAAUAAAUUGAUGGAAAAAUUUGAAUUCCUGUGCAGGCUAGAAGAAGGUUGCGCUGUAGAAAAUGUCCAGGUCAUAUGUGGAGGUACCCGAAGAAGGAAGAGGUCAUCGCAUUCAAUCAGCAAAAGGAGUGCCAAUGAAAUUGUAUUAGUAUGGGAUGUCAUCGUGAAGUUUAAUGAAAAUAAAACCUACGAAGAAGGAAUUGCAGAAGCAGAAAAUGCUCUUAAAACAGUUGUAGCCGUCAUAGAGAUUGAUAUAAAAAAUGGCACAUAUGAUGAUCUAGCCCCAGGGGUUCGAACUGACAAGGAGUCUCUUUAUACGUUCCCCACUGAUUUAGUUUGUGAUUAUGGGUUAAAACCAAAUUAUCAGACAAAUACUUGUGCCAGCUGCCCUACUGGAACGAUAUAUGAUAAAACUAAUGAUAAUUGUCAACCGUGUCCACUUGGUACUUAUCAAGAUGAAGAGGCCUCUUUUAUCUGUAAACGGUGUCCAGAUGGAACAACUACUCAAGAUGUGGCAUCUACGCACCAAGAUAACUGUACACAAAUAUGUGCAGCUGGUUACUUUUCUCAGACAGGCAUUAGACCAUGCUCGCCAUGCCCACUUGGAACCUUCCAAAAUCAGACUCAUUCAACGAGCUGUUUAAGGUGUCCGAAUGGCAAGACUUCAUUACAGGAAGCAUCAACAGAUGUCGACAGUUGCAAAGAAUUUGAUUUUGAAUUUGAGGAUAUUGGUUAUAUUGAAAGUGGACUCACGCCCAGAACUAACAGUUCGUAUGACGAAAGUUACUUUUCCGAAUUCACAUUUGUUGCUCUGUUACAAAUCAAAGAACAAGGCAUGGAUAUAAGCAUACAACACAACGGAGUUUCGUAUUUCUCAAUUCACAUUGGACAGCAAAUCACUGUUACCAUUUCUGGUGUAUCUAAAUCAGUUCCAAGCAUCCUGGACGCUUGGUUUCAUAUUGUCGUAACAGUCAGUUCUACCAGUACUGGUGUUAAACUGUUUUCACUCGGCCAGCUUAAAACAACGACACACAUUGUUAGUGGUACAUCUAUACCUGGAAAUGGGACGUUUUUACAUAUUCAAUCAAGGCAUGGUGACCGUGUAACUAUGCGAUAUCUGAGAGUCAUGUCUGGACUUUUGACAGCUGGUCAGAUAUCAUCUUUAACAAACACAUGUGGUUUAACAGACGACGAAAUUUUAUUUUCGUUGGACGUAUUUGACAGCCUUUUGAUAAGAAACGUAUCUGCUGUUUCACCAAGUACCUGUGACGUAAUCAAUGACUGUCUAUCACUACCCUGUGGUUUACAUUUGUAA